AGACAAAGACACGAGUGGGCGGACAGGACUUUCCUAAUGUUCACGCCUCAUUCUGCUUUUCCUGAUACAGACUGCACAAAGUGAAGUCAGCAGUCCAAAAACUUGCUCCUCUCGAGCGGAGUGACGGGACGACUCAAUCCACGCAACCCUAAAGGCAGCUGGGUGUUCAUAUAUUGUAAUGUUGAGAAACACAAAACAGAAGACCGGCAGCGUGCAAGAAUGAAAAGGAGGUGUGUUGUCUUACACUGGAUAAGAUGCAAGUUCUAUGUGUUUGUCUUGUCAUUGUUUGUCGUGCUGGUGUACAUCAAGAUUUCAAUGGACAACAGUAUUUACAUUGAACCUUAUGGAGCUACACAAAGAUCACUCAGAGCUCAGCCUCUGGAUGGCAUUAACUGCACAGCCAUUUAUGAUCUGGAACCGGUGGAAAUUGGCAAGUCGUUGGAGUUAAGACGCAAAAACAUUGUGGAAGCUGGUGAUGGGAGUAUCGUUUCUUUCACUGCAGACUGCAAAAACUACAUUGAACAAAGGGGCUAUAAUGAGGUCAUGAUAACAGAUGAGGAAUGCAGCUUUCCAAUUGCAUACUCUUUAGUGGUGCACAAGAACAGUGCUAUGGUGGAAAGGAUUCUUCGAGCCAUCUACACACCCAACAAUAUUUACUGCAUUCAUUAUGACCAAAAGUCUUCGAAAGAUUUUAUUGCGGCGAUGAUGAAUUUGGAGAAAUGCUUUCCAAAUGUCUUCGUAGCUUCCAAAAUUGAGUCUGUUCAGUAUGCACACAUUACAAGACUUAAUGCAGAUCUCAACUGCCUUUCAGACCUGCUGAGUUCAGAGGUCAAAUGGAAAUAUGUUAUCAAUUUGUGUGGCCAAGACUUCCCACUCAAGUCCAAUUAUGAGCUGGUGACUGAGCUCAAGAAACUAAAUGGUGCAAACAUGCUCGAAUCAAGCAGGCCCAGCGAACUGAAAAAACAGCGAUUUCAGUUUCAGUAUGAAUUGAAAGACAUGUCGUAUGAAUACCAUAAAAUGCCAGUUAAAACAUCCAUUGCUAAAGACCCACCACCGCAUGACAUCCAGAUGUUUGUCGGGAGCGCUUACUUUGUCUUGACCCGUGAUUUUGUGUCAUAUAUUAUGAACAAUCAACUGGCAAAGGACUUUCUGCAGUGGACAGCUGACACAUAUUCUCCUGAUGAGCACUUUUGGGCAACAAUGGCUAGAGUACCUGGAGUUCCUGGAGAGAUCAGUAGAUCUGAGCCUGAUGUGACAGACCUGGAGAGUAGGACACGUUUGGUUAAAUGGAACUAUCUUGAAGGCCAAUUGUAUCCACAGUGCACCGGCACGCACAGACGCAGUGUCUGCAUCUUUGGUGCGGCGGAGCUCCGGUGGCUUCUGGAGGAUGGCCACUGGUUUGCAAACAAGUUUGAUCCCAAAAUUGACCCUGUUGUUAUUAAAUGUCUUGAAGAGAAACUUGAGGAGAAGCAGCAUCAACAGUGCCUGAGACCAAGAGUGGCCUUAGGGCGUUGUUUUGGUUGAAAUAUGUAUGAAAAUGUAUGAAAUAUGUUUGCUGCUGCACUUAUGUUCCUUUAAAGCAAUAGCUAAUUGUAUUUCCGAACAUUUAUAUUUCAACAGAUUGCCAUCCACUAUAUGCUAGGUGAGUAUGUUAAUAAGUUUGCCUUCAUAUGUAUUCAUAGGCGCUUAAACUAUGAAGUAUUUAUAUGUUUUAAUUUA